GGGCAGAAGGCGGAGCCGUGGGCGGGGCUUCCUAGUUAUAAGGCUGCAAAAUCGUGUAUCCGACACGCGAAGGGCAGUCCGGGGGCCUCUUCCACCGAGUGCGAGUGACCCCGCCCCCUGCAUUCUGGAAGGCCACCAUGGGACGCCCCCCACCCAGUGCAACCCAGAUGUGGAUCCUUCUGUUUCUGCUAAUGGGAGCGUGGGCAGGACUCACCAGCGCUCAGGGCUCCAAAAUCCUGGGGGGUCAGGAGUGCAAACCGCACUCCCAGCCUUGGCAGGCAGCCUUGUUCCAGGGCGAGAGACUGAUCUGCGGGGGUGUCCUGGUGGGAGACAGAUGGGUCCUCACUGCGGCCCACUGCAAAAAACCAAAGUACUCGGUGCGCCUGGGCGAUCAUAGCCUGCACAGUAGAGAUGAGCCGGAACAGGAGAUGCAGGUGGCUCAGUCUAUCCAGCAUCCUUGCUUCAACAGCAGCAACCCAGAGGAUCACAGUCACGACGUAAUGCUCAUUCGAAUGCAGAACUCAGCCGACCUCGGGGACAAAGUGCAGCCCAUUAGACUUCCCAAUCAGUGUUCCAAAGCUGGCCAGAAGUGUACCAUAUCAGGCUGGGGCACCGUCACCAGCCCUCGAGAGAACUUUCCAGACACCCUCAACUGUGCACAAGUGAAAAUCUUUUCCCAGAACAAGUGUGAGAGGGCCUACCCGGGGAAGAUCAAUGACGUCAUGAUCUGUGCCGGUAGCAGCAAUGGGGCUGACACUUGCCAGGGUGACUCGGGCGGUCCUCUGGUGUGCAACGGCAUGCUCCAAGGCAUCACAUCGUGGGGCUCAGACCCCUGCGGGAAGCCGCAGAAGCCGGGCGUCUACACCAACAUUUGCCGCUACACUGACUGGAUCAGGACGACCAUGGACAACAGGGACUGAUCCUGCUGGCGGGGGGUCAAUAAACCCCACCUUUGGCCAACUCUUUGUGUUUUGGACUGUGUUGAGGGAGAAGGGAUAGAGGAGGGGGAAGAAUUACACCCUGCUAACAGACUUGGUGGGAGGCACGAAGGGACCCGUGGCUUCGGUGUCCAUCACACUGACUGUACAAGGACUUGAAAGACCUUGUCUCUCAGGCACGCGUCUGUCAUCCUAGCAUUCAGGGGGGAGAGGUUGGAGGAUCGAGGGUUUAGGGCCAGCCUUAAGUGACAUCGUGAGUUCAGGGCCAGCCUGGGCUAUGUGAGACCUUGCUUUAAGAAGGAGGAGGGAAAAGAGGAGGAGAAAAAUCAACCUUGAUUAGUGGGGGGGGGGGGGGUUGUUUCAAAGGAUAAAAAUUUAAUAAUUUCCAAACAUCCAGGGUUCUGGUCUAUGAAAAAAAAAGUGCUUUUUUUUUUUUCCCUUCCCCUCCUCCUUGUUUUAUUUGCUUGUUGUUCUUUUUGGGUUUUGGUUUUUCGAGACAGGGUUUCUCUGUGUAGCCCUGGCUGUCCUGGGCUCACUUUGUAGACCAGGCUGGCCUUGAACACACAGAGAUCUAUCUGCCUCUGGCUCCUAUGCACCACCAUGCCCAGCCCCCACUUCUUUCCACAGAGGACCUCCUGUGAGACAGGGUUUCAUUAUGUAGGGCAGCCUGGCCUCAGAACCGUGAUUCUGAUGCCCCAGCCUCCUGAGCGUUGGAAUGAGAGGAGAACACCAUCACACUUAGAGUCUCCAUUACGUUUUUUCUGCUCUAAAACUUGGUGUUGGGGUUGAUCUUUGCCCAUGCCAGGAGAGUGCUUUACCCCAAAAUCAUGUCCCAGGGCCCUUACUAGGGGAUUCUACGUAAAAUCUUUACCACUGAGCCAUGCACCCAGCCCCUCACUGGUGGGUUUUAGGUAACUCUACUGCUGAAAUGCAUCCACAGCCCUUUUAAUUAAACAAAAAAUUAAAAAA